CGCGGCCGGGACUCGGGGCCGCAGAGGCGGCGGCGACGGGGCCGCGUCGGGGCUGAGGGGGCUCGGCAGGCUCGGGGGCCGCGGCCGCCCCUCCGCCGCCCCGCAGCCAUCGUGGAACUAUGUGGAAAUGGGGUAGUGGAGAUGAUUCUCCUUCCAAAACAGCAGCUGCAGCCUCUGGGGAUGUGGGAAGCACGGCGGUGACGGAUCUGACGGAGCAGCUGACGAGCACUGAGCAGCUGCUGGCACAGCUCAAGGAGCUUGUCAGGGAGAAGGAUGCUGAGCUCCGGAGCAAAGAUCUUCAGUUAAAGGAGGAGAAGGAAUCUGCUGAUGCCAAACUUUCCAAGCUGAAGCUGCAGAACAAAGCCAAGGUUGCAUCAUUAACCUCACAGCUGGAAGAACUUAAGAAGCAGUUACCAGUGGCAGGAGGCUUAGAGGCCAAAGCAGAACCAAAAAAGGCAUCAAAGGAUGGAGACCAGGAAAAUGCUGCAGCAAAUAGAGGGAAAAUAUUAGUGCUGAGAAGGAGAAUUGAAGAGCUGGAAUCCCAGAUCACACAAAAAAAUGAAGAGUUACAGAAAAAGGAUGCUGAGCUGGAGGCGCAGCGUGGCCGUGGGGCUGACAUGGAUGCCAUGCUGGCAGAGAAGGAGAAGAGGCUGGCUGAAAGGGAUGCUUACAUCAGGGAUUUGCAGGUGGCCUGUGGAUCCAGUGAUGCUGCCAAUGAAAUCUUCCUGCCCAAUGAAGAAUUGAAGAACCAGCUGGCAGCUAAAGAGUCAUCACUGCAAAGCAUGGAGAUUCUGGUGCAGAACCUUACCAAGAAGGUGGGAGACAGUGAGGAAAAAUGCAGCUUGUUCCAGGAGCAGAUUGAGAGUCUGAAAAACAUUCAAAGCAAGGAAAGAGAACAUUUCCAAGGAAAAGAAGCUAAAUACAUGGAAAAUAUACGUCUGUUUCAAAAUAUUGUUCAGGAAAAGGAAAAGGAGCUGGAAGCACAGAGAGAAAAACAUGAACAGGAGCUUUUUAGAUUAGCUGCUAAAUCUGAUGCAAGUGCUGACCUAGAACAGCUACUAAAGGCUUUGAAACAGAAGCUCCAUGAAAAAGAAGAAGUCAUGCUGGGAAGGACACAGGUGAUUGAUGUCUUGCAAAAGGAGCUGGAUGCCAAGGACCAGCAGUUGAAAGAGAUUAAUGAAAACCUGAAACGUCUUCUGUCUGAAAAAGAAAACCUCCAGUCUAAACUGGAUGCUGAGAAACAUGUAAUGAGAGCCCAAUUAAAGGACAUGAUGGAGAAACAUGAGCUUGAAAUGACAAAAGUUAAGGCGAAAUACAAUGCUGAACUGCAUGAUAUUCAAGAGAAACACGAAACUGAGCUACAUGAGAAAGACCAGGCCCUGGUUCAGCUUCAGAAACAAGUGGCAGAGUUAAGUGCUGGUGGACAGAGUAACUCCAAAGAAGUCAAAGAUCUGGAAUCUAUAACCAAAGGGAAGAUGGAAGAAUUGGAAGUCCAAGUGAAAUUGAAAACAGAAGAGGCCAGCAAAUCUGAAGCCAAGUUUUUGAAAAUGAAGGCUUGGUCCAAAUCAAGAAUCAAACAGCUGGAGGAUGAACUGAAAAAUUUUUCCUCAAAAAACAGUGAUGUGUCUGCCUUAAACAAUCGUGUGUCAGAAUUAGAAGUUGAAAAUGAAGAACUACAGUCAAAACUGCAGUCAUUGCAUGAAAUUGGAACUCAAAAUGAAGAACUGCUGAAAAAGCUUGAGCUCUAUGAAGAGCAGCAGAGGAAGCUGCAGGCUGAUCUCGACCAAGUUACAAAGAGAGCAGCUUCACAGGCCAGUGAAUCAGGUAGUGUGGAUGAACUGCAGAAUCAGCUCUUAGAAUGGCAGGAAAAUGUCCCAGAGUCAGAGGAGUCCCGGGAUCAAGUCCGAGAAGAGAAAUCUGCCAUGGCCUUGAGAAUGGCUCAGAUUGAGGAGGACAGAGAAGCCAUAGUCUCAGGGCAGCAGGAGCUGGAGGAGGAACUGGCCACAGUUCAAGGAAUGGGCAGGCUGCAGCAGGCAAGAAGAAAAGGCAGUCAGACCAGCAGGAAGCUGCAGGAAGAAUUCCCCUUCGAUGGCAAACAAUGCUUCCAAGAACUGAAUGUCACCUUGGAUAGCACUGACUCAGCUGAAGGAGAAAACAUGGGAGGUUUACGGAGUGUGGUUGAAGAGCUGGAAUUGGAAAGAAACCAACUGCAGGAACAAAUACUUUUUCUGGAAGAGCGUUGUCAGGAUUUGGAAGACAGAUUUCAGCUUCAAGGUAGAAUGGAGGCUCUCCAGAAUGAAAAUGAGCGUUUGCAAACUCAACUCACCCAACUGCGCAACCAACAAAUGCGCGAUGUGGAAAAGCAUCAGAUUCUGAUCUCUGGCUUGAAUGAGCAGCUUAAAGGAUUGAGUGACAGAAAUAGUUUCCUUGAAAAUUCACUUGGAGAAAGAGAACAAAAACUGGCGAGCAUGACAGAAAAGCUGGAACAAGUUGAAACUUUGAGGAAACUGCUUCAAGAAAAGGAUAUUCUGAACAAAGAGCUUGGGGAAAAGUUUGUGCAUGUUGAGCAAAAACUGAAUGAAGCCUUAAAGAAAUGCAGUGUGUAUGAAGUGGAGAAUGUUGAGCAGAAAACAGCUAUCAGUGAUCUCACGGAAAGAGUCGCUACACUGAAAGAAAAGACUUUGAAGCAAGACAGCAUGGUGGAGUCCAUGCAGCUGGACCUGGACCAGACAAACGAAGAGCUUGACAAGUUGAAUUCAAGCCAUUUGGAGGAGAGGUCUCAACUCAUUCAAGAUCUGCAGAAACGUGAAAGAGAAAUCGAUAAUCUGAAAGAAGCGCUGUCAGAAAAAGACAGGGAGAUGUCUCUCUUGUCUCUGAACAUGACAGAAUAUUCUGAGCAGGUUAUGAUCCUGAAGCAUCAAGUGCAGUGCAAAGAGGAGGAGAUGCGAGGUUUGGAAGAGGCUUUAUCAAAGGCUGAAAGGGAAAUGCAUUUGCUGAAGGAAGUACAGACAGCUGAUGUGAGAGAUGCCAGUGUGAAGAUGUCUGCCCUUUCUGAGCAGAGUGAGGUCAUGAGAAUGGAGCUGGAGAGAGCUAGAGCUGAGAAUGAAGCUAAAACCAAAGAAAACGAGGAGUUAAUAAGGCAGAGCACUGAGAACAGCGUGACAAUUAAGGAUCUCCGCUCUGAAAUCAAGGCCAGCAAUGUUGCGUACCAAAACAAGGUUGCAGAGUGUGAGUCACAAAUUGCUCUGCUGAAAGACCAAAUUACUAAAUCAUCUGAAAAGCUGCAAGAAACAGAGGAUAAACAAAGAAAAGAAAUGGAACACUUGAAAUCUCAACUUGAGGAAAACAAUGCUCUGAAGGAAAAAUGGAACUGUUUGCUUAAAGAGAAAGAGAGCAAAGCACAGACAUUGGAAAAUGAGUUAAAGUCAGUUAAAGAUUCAUACAACAAACUGGUUUUGGAAAACACUAAAAAAGAUGAAGAGUUGGCUGAGUUAUCCAGAAAGCUCACGGAACAUACUGAUCAUAAGGAAACAGCUAAAAAAGAGUUGCAAGAGAAACAAGAACUCAUUGUUUCAUUAGAGAAGAAACUUGGGGCUUUGGAGAAGCAGAACGAAGAGACUAAACUUAAAUUAAUUGGGGAUCUGAAAGCUAAAGAGACAUGUUGCCAAGAACUUAACGACCAAUUAAAUGAAAUGCAUAAACAAAUUAAAAAAUGGGAGAUAGAGACACAGGAGAAAGCUUCAGCUAAUAACCAAUUGCAGGCAGAUCUUGAAGAGAAACAAGAAAAAUUGGCAGAGCAAAUAAAAGCAAAUGAGUAUCUGAAAAAAAGUAUAGGGACAAUGGAAAAUGAGAAGGAACAGCUAAUCAGAGAAAAUGAGAAUUUGUCCAAACUCCUGGAUGUAAAAGAGUGUGAGUUGUUAAAGAAAAUCCAGGCUGUGACAGAAUUGGAGAAUAAGUUAUCUGUUAGCACUGCUGAGUACGAAAAAACUCUUUCAGUACUAAAUUGUGAUAAAAACACUCUGGCAAAAGAGAUUGAACAACUGUCAGUAGUUGCCAAGCAAAAGGAAAGUUCAGUUGCAGAACAGCUGGGGGAGAAAACAAAGGAAUGUAAUAUGCUGGCUGAGCAGUUGUCUGAAAGCAAGGAACAGACCCAACAGUUGCAUGAACAAGUGCAAUCACUGCUUAUUCAGCUGAAGGAGGUUAAAGAUGAAGAAAUAAAGAAAGAAGAAAUGUUAAAUAAUAAAUUAUCUGAAUGCAGUGGUCUAAUCCAGGAGCUCAGCCAUAGCAAGGAAAAGAAUUUACUCCUGCAGGAGCAAAUUCAAAGCAUAACUUUGGAUUUUGAAACUGCAAACAAGUCUCUAGAAGAGAAGAAUCUUCAAAAUGAUUCAUUGCAUAAGGAAAUGGAGGAGAGUAAGCUUUGUGUUGUAGAAUUGCAGGGUGAACUAAAAAAUCUUAAAGAUGAAAAGUCUAAAUUAAGUCAGUUGGUAGAGGAAAGAGACCUGGCUGUGAAAAGUCAGGGUUCAGAACUUGAGAAGUUUCAGAGGCAAAUUUUUGAAAAAAUAGAAGAAAAUACAGGGUUAAAUAAUCAGCUACAGCUAUUAAGCAAAGAAGUAGAGAUGCUUAGGCAUGAAAAGGAGAACUUUUCAAGGUUAUUGAAUGAGAAGUCAGAUGAAUGUAAAAGUCUCCAGUCUGAAGUUGCUUCAGCAAGGCACCAAGCAGAAACAUCAGCUCUAGAAAAUAAAAAAUUGAAAGCAGACAUAGAGGCAAUUAAUGUUACAGUAAUCAAAAAGUCAGAGGAAGUAGCUGCUUUAACUUCACACCUGUCCCAACAAAGCCAUAGUAUUUUAGAUUUGAAGGACCAGAUUGACAGCCUGUUGAUGGAGAAAGAAAACUUAAAAAUUACCUUUGAGGAAAAAGAAAGUCUCCUUUCUGAAAAGGAGGCUCUGAUUAAGGAAAUUAAAGAUAAAGUGGCAGGAGAAGAGCGAUAUGUGGAAUUCAUUGCAGAUCUCCGGCACCAAAUACAAGUCCUGAACUUUGAAGCUGAUGAGCUCAGACACGCAAUGCAGGAAAAAGAAAAUGAAUUUAAGAGGCAAGCCCAAGAAUUUAAGUUACUAAAAGAUAAAUCUGAAGAGUCUGAUGUACUUAGGGUUCAACUGUCUGAGAAUAUGGAGGUUAUUUCUAACCUCCAAAGUCAGCUUAAAAAUAUGACAAAACAAGCAUUCCAGAUGAAUGACUUAAUUGCAAAGAAAGAUGCAUCUUUAAAAGAAAAAGUGGAUGAAUGCGUUGGUUUAAAAGCCCAGCUUUCUGCCCUACAGGAUUCUUGUGUUGUGCAGGAGAAGCAGUUACAACUUUUAGCCUCUGAAGCAGAACAGCUAAAAGUACUUGUUUCAGAAAAAGAAUCAGCCAUCAACAGUAUUUCAGCAUUCAGUGAGAAUUUAAAGAUGCAACUUCAAGAGAAAGAGACUGAGUGUGGUGUCUUAAAGAAACAGUUGGUGGAGCUGCAGGAAAUGAAAGAGAAUUUACAAAAAGAAAUAGAGCAUCAGAAGAAUGUAAUAAUUGAGAUGGAGCAGUCCUUAUCAGAAAAGGAAUCAUCUCUUACAGAAAACAAAGGUCUCCUUGAAACUCUGGCGGAGAAAGCAAGGAAGGAUGAAGAGAAAAUGCAUUUAAUUUCUCAACUCCAAAGUCAGGUCCAUAAACUUACACAAGAGCUACAAAACUCUAAAGUGCUAGUCCAUGAGAAAGAAAAUGCCUUUUUAUCUCUUCAGGAGAAAAUUGAAGCACAGUACGAGCUGAGAACAGAAUUGAACGUUGCUCUUGGGCACAAAGAUGACGUUAUUGCUGGACUGCUUAAUUCCUUAAAGGAGAAAGAUGCCAGUGUACAGUUGGCAGAGAGCAAUGUUAAUGCUCUUUCUAGUGAGAUUGAUAUUCUCAGAUCCAAAUUAGAAGAAAGUGGAACGGCCAUGAAAAACCUGAGUGAGGAAUUUCAGGAGAAGAACAGGAAGCUUGAUAAUCAUCAGAAAACAAUUGAUUCUUUGACUGUUGAGCUUGACUCUCUUAAAAAUGAGCACCAAAAAGCACUAGACCAAAUAAAUACCCGGGAACAAGAACUCCAGCAGAAAGACUUGGCUGUGGAGUCUCUGCAUGUGACGUGCGCUGAACAGGCUGAGAAACUGGAAUGUUUGAAGUUGGAGUUCAACAACGUAAAUUCCAAAUCAUCUCAAGACUGCCAUGACAAUGCGCUUUUAAUAAAUAGUCUGCAGUGUCAAGUGGAGUCUUUAGAGAAAGAAAAAAAGCUGUUGCAAGAUGAUGUUGGUAAGCUGAUGGCUGAAAACACACAACUUACUACAUCUCAGACUGAUUUGCAAAAGAAAUUGGAAGAGCUCCGGGAAAUCCAUGAUAAACUAGAAACCAGUGAGAAUUAUUCAAGGAUGCAGAUAGAUGCUGUCAAACUGCAGAUGAAGACUGAAAGAGAGAAGUUACAGAUGCAGGUUAGUGUGAAGGGUGAAGAACUUUCUAAUUUAGAACUUAAAUGUCAAACUUUAGAACUAAGUCUGCUUGAAUCAGAAAACAAAUGGGUAACAGAACUUGACAGGGCAAAUUCACAAAAUAGUGAUCUUACUGAGCAAUUGAGCAGUUUAGAAAGUGAAAUAAAAUCAAAAGAUAACGAAAUCCAGUCUUUGCAGCAAGAGCUGGAUCUUAUAAAAGAGCAAUUUACUCAGAGCUUAUCUCCAUUACUUAGUAGUAGGCUUUUAAGUAAAGAAAAGAAGGCACAAAUGUCAGAUUCUGAACUGCAGCCAACCGAUUGUAAAACUCAGUUGGAAAAAUUCUCCACUCUGGUUACGGCUAUUCUGAGCAAAGAAGCAGAAGGAGAAAGUUUGCAACUGGCACUUUUAGAAAAACAGAAAGAAAUAGACACCAUGAAACAUGAAUUAAGAAGUAUGGAGUCGCUUGAGAAGCAGAAGGAGGUGCUGCAGAGUGACAUGGAAAAGAUGAAGGGCAAAUACAUGUCUGAAAUUGAAUGUCUGUCAAAAGAAAUGGUCUCACUCAAGGAAACAGUAGGCAAACAGAAGUGUCUCCUGAAAGAAAGGGACGAGUCUUUGGCAGAAAUAAAUAAGCAGGUGGAAUUUCUUCAGGACAAGAUGAAUAAAUCAGAAGAAAUGGUAAGAACUAGUCAAGAAAAGCUGCAGGCUGAAGGUAAAAAAGUAGCAAAUCUCCUUGAAGAAAUGGGGGGGAAAGAUCACAUCAUUGAAAACUUAACAUCCCAGAUCAAUCAGCAGAAGGACUUAAUUUCUGGUCUAAGCCAGCAAAUGAAAGAAAAAGACUCUUCUGUUACCCAGGUCAUGGAGUCAUUGUCUAAUGAAAUGCUGAAUUUUUCUGAAGAGAGGAGCACGUUAAAUGCCAAACUUGAAGACCUUGAAGCUGUUCAUAAUAGUUCAGUGGCAGAGCUAAACCAAGUAUUGCAGGAACUUGGAGAUUGUAAGAAAGAACUGGAACAUAACCAGGUUAUGUUAAGCAGUAGAGAAGCUGAGGUUAAAGAUUUAAUGAAUGAAAAAGAGGAGAUGAAGUGUAAUCUUGAGAAAAUGGGCAAGGAAAAAGAGAAUCUGAAAAAGAAGCUUCAAGCGGCAUUGAUAGUAAGAAGAGAUCUGAUGCAAAAAGUUGGGAAAUUAGAAAAGAGUGGACAGGAAGAAAUAGAAAAAGAGCAGAAAAAAGCAGAGAAGCUGUUGGAGCAAGUUAAUGAGUUAACAGACAAACUGAAAGUAAUUGAAGGACAGAGUAAUGAUUUUGAGUCUCAUCUUUUAACUUUGAAACAGCAACUUGUAGAAAAAGAUGCCAAGAUAAGUGAUCUGACCAAAACCUUGUCUUCAAGAGCAUCCUCUUUAGAGGAACUUCAGCACAAUAUUGCAGAACUGAAUGAUGUCAUAGCUGAAAAACAAUAUGUUUGUGAGCAAAACCUUAAGUCUUUAGGGGAGAAGGACUUUAUGCUUGCUCAUCUGCAAUCUAUGCUUGAUGAAAGAACAAGGGCAUAUCAAGAGGAACGUUCUCAGUUGCUCUUGACUCUUGAGGAGGUGAAAUCUGAACUUAAAAAGAAGGAAGAACUGUUGAAAGAUUCCAGUUUAGAAGAGCCUCGUUCAAGUGCUGGAGAUGGGAAUGAGUGUCUGAAUCCCAGCAAUGACAUUAAUGCCAUGAAUCAAUUACAAAAAGAAAAAGAAGCUUUACAGAGGGAGCUUUUGUUCAUGAAAGAAGAUAUGAAAAAUAUCCAGCAAGAAAGGGAAGAGCACAUGAAACUGGCAGCAGAUUUUGAUGAUCAAAAAACCCACCUUGAGCAGCUCAGGCAAGAGCAUAAAGCACUCUGGGAAGUUCUCCAAACAAAAUGUAAAGAGCUGGGCUUUAACCAGUUAGAAUGGAAGGAGCUGGUUCCAUCCAAGGCACUGCUGGGAGAAGAGCAAGCUGACCUAAGGAGUCUGGAAUCAGACAAACAAAGAAACAAGGUUCAUGUUGCAUCCUUGAAAGAGUCAGAAAACACAGUCACUUCGGUGCCCAGUGAAAACAUUGAGCUAGAAGAAUUAAGAAGUGAUUAUGCAAAACUUCAGGAAGAAACAGAGAUGUUAAGGAAAGAGCUGAGAAGAAUAUUGGUUGAAUUCGGUGAUGGUAAAGAAGAAACAAACUGUUUAAAGUCUUUGAGACAGGAGGAGCAAUGUCAGGGCAGCUUGUUGGAGGACAUAAAGCAUCUACAGAAAAAACUGAAAGCACGUCAGACUGAAACUGUAGAGCUCAAGGCAGUACUUGAACGUGUGGAUGAUGAGAAAAAAGCACUUAUUAAAAAAAGUGAAGAGGAUUACAGGAUGAGCCAGGAGGAACUGCAGAGGUUACAAAUUGAAGCUAAGCAGGAGGUUGCAGGAAAGAAUGAGGAAAUAGAAGCACUGAGAUGUUUGCUUACAGAUUUAAAAGAGAAACUUGCUCUGGAAAAAGAAUUAUUAAACAAAGCCAUAAAGGAGGGCCAGGAAGAAGCCCUCCGUUACAAAACAGCCUUUGAAGACAUGAAGAGUGAAAAAGAGGAAAUUCUCAGCUCUUUGGAAAAGUCCAGUUUGGAACUAAUUAAGAUGGAAAAGGAGGUAGAACAUUUCAGUGAAGAAAACAAACAUCUUGUGGCAGAGCUGUGUAUGCUGCGUGAAAAGGCUGAGAUGAAUAAACCUGUGGUGUUGGGCAAAGAGCUUAAGGAAGAAAAUGGGACUGAAAAGGAAUUGGGAGAGGUUGGUUCAGAAAGUAAUUCCCUUCCAGAGAGUUUGGAAAAAAAAGUCACCGCUCUUCAACUAUCAGAGGCUGAUUACUCUGGGAAAACUAAAGUGGGAGAAGCAACAGAAUAUGAAAUCCAGAAACAAAUGCAAACAAUGGAAGAGCCACUGGCAAAACCUGCAGAUUUAAAAGAUUCCAGAGCCCAAGAGCAAAGAGCUGUAACAGAUGAGAGAUCCAGAGAGCGCCUCCAAAGGAAGUUACAGGCGGCUUUAAUAUCACGUAAAGAAGCCCUGAGAGAAAAUAAAUCUCUAAAGGAGCAGAUUGAUCAGCUGAUGUUGGAAAGAGAAGAACUAGUGAACAAGACAGGAAUGCUGGAGCACUUGUUAGAGCUUGGCAGAGAAAAUCAGAGUUCAAGUGCUAUGGCUCCAUUGUCCGGAGAGGAGAGCCUUGCUUCAGAAAAUGCGAGGUUGCUGACUGAAAAUGAAAACCUCACUGCAGCGUGUGAAAGUCUGAAAUCCACUAUGGAGUCCAUAGUUCAGGAAAAAGAGGCCUUUUCUUUUCAAUUAAAUACCUUAAAAGAUUCUCAGACAGUUGAAUUGACAGGAUGGAAGGCUAAACACAGUGAAUUAAAGCAGGAGUACGAAUCGCUUCUUCAGGCGUAUGAGAAUAUCAGUAGUAAAGUGGCAGAUAUGAGGCAAGUCAUUGAUCUCAGUAGGAAAGAGAAGCAAGAGGCUGUUCAAAGACUCAGGGAAGGAGAAUCUGAAAAGGAGGCUCUGCAGAAGCAUUUAAAAAAUCUCCUUGAUGAAAAUGAGGUUAUUAAGAACCAACUGAAACAACUCAGUGAAUCCAAGAAAAUGGAGGUCGAGGAGUUACAGAGCAAAGCAGAAAGGCAGAUCCAUGAGCAGGAGGCCAGGAUGCAGGAACACCAGGAUCGUCUGUGUGAGCUCACUGAGCACAACCAUCAGCUGAUGGAGGAGAACGAGCAGCUGAAGCAGACCUCUGAAAACCUUAAGCAGGCUUUAGAGAAAAUUCAGAAUGAGAAUGAUGUCCUUCAUAAUAACAUCACUGUAACUAAAGCCACCUUGGGAGAGCUACAGGUUCAAAUGGAAGUGUACCAAAAUGAUACACAAUCCAAAAUCAGUGAUGCAUUGUGUGAGAAUGAAUCACUGUUAAAGGACAUUAAUGUGUUAAAGAAUAAACUCUCUGAAAAAGAACAAGCUGUGCUUGUCCUAGAAAAAGAAAGAGAAUUAAUUUCAGAAAAAGCACAAGAAACUGAGAAGUCUUUGCUCCACAAAACUCAUUGUCUAACAAAGCUGGACACGGAAUUUAAAAGUCUAACGCAAGAAAUUAUUAGUCUAAAUGAAAAAGUUAAGAUUUUAGAGGAUGACAAAUGCCUGUUACAGGAAGAAUUAGAAAAUGUACAAGAAAGUUGUUACAAAGUAAAGAGUGAGAGAGAAUUUCUUGAGACAGAAUUGCUUAAUCAUGUAAAAAAGGUUGAUCAUCUUACUGAUAGGAUGAAAUCAGCACAGGUACAGAAUAACUUGCUGUUACAGCAGCUGGAAGAGUUAAAGGCAGAAAAAUCUAAUGUGGUUAGAGAAAAGGAAGAGCAGCAGCUCCAUCUUGUAAAGAUAUUUGAGGAAAAGGUGAAAAGUGCUCAGAGGGAUAAUAAUGGGACUAAAAACAAAACAAAAGAAUUGCAAGAACUCUUAAAGGAGAAACAGCAGGAGAUCAGCCAAUUGCAAAAGGAUUCUAUAAAGUUCCAGGAGCUGAUCCUGGAUUUGGAAAGAUCUGUGAAAUUGUCACAGUCAAAAAAUGAAAAAUUUGAAAAGGACUUAAGUAAUGCAUCAGAAAAGCUGGCAGAAUCAAAUGAUGAGAUACUUCAUCUCAAGGGAGAGCUUACUGCACAGAUUAACCUGUUGGAUCAGUCAAAAAGGGAAGUGGACAGGCUUAAAGAUGAGAAUUUAAACUGGAGGAAAGAACUUCAGAAGAAGGGAGAUGAACUGCAGCUUCAAAAGAGAGGAUACGAGAGAGAAUUGGAAUUUCAUCUCCAGCAGCUAAAAUUGCUUCACAAAAGUGAAAUUUUGAGCCUGGAGGAAAGACACGGUGCACUCCAGAGAGAAAAGGAUCGGGCGAUGGGUGACGUUCAGGGUUUGCAGGAGGAGGUCAGCACAAAGGACUCUCAGAACAAGCAGCUGCAGGCAGAGCUGAACGCAGCUCUGGCACGACUGGCUGCUUUCACAAAGUGCAUGUCCUCCCUUCAGGAUGACAGGGACAGGGUCAUCUCUGAGAUGAAAACCUGGGAAAUGCAGUUCAAAGAGGCCAUCCAAAACAAGGAGAAACAGCUGGAAGACAGUAACAAAAGAAUAGCAGCCUUGCAAGAUGAAUUGAAAGAUAAAAUGACUCAGAUUCAAGAACUAAAUAUCAAGUAUUCUGUGGUAGAGGAAACAAAGGAUGAACUGUACUUGAGGCAAAAAUCUGUUGAUAUGCAGCGCUAUGAAGAGCUCUGCAGGAUAAAGGAAGAAAAUACCUUCUUUUUUAACAGACAGCAAGAGCUGGAGAGUGUUCUUCAGUCCAAAGAAGAAGCUUUGCAAGCACUCCUGAAAGAAAAUAAUUCUCUAAAUCAUCUCAUAGAGAAUAGUAAGAGUGCAGGAAGAGAGAUAAAAGCUCUGGAAAGUAAUUUUACAAGACAGGAGCAAGAAUUGCAAGAACUUCUAGCAGAGAAGGAAAAAAUGAAUGCUGAAUUGCAAAAGCAGAUGACCAUUUCUGAGCAAAUGAAGGUCAUGCUAAAUAAUAAAGACAAAGAAAUUUCCUUACUCAUUUCUUCAAAAGGGGAUGAAAUUUCAGACUAUCUGAUUCAGGUACAAACUCAGCACAGGAAUCAGAUCAAAGAGUAUGAACUUCAGGUAAGGUCUUUGCAGAUGGAGAGACAGCAAGCUGAGGAGUCCUGUCAGAGGCUGGAAAAUGAGCUGAGAAAUCUCCAGGUGAAAGCAGAAAAAGCAGGUCAGGAGAAGGCUGUGAUUGCCAGUGAAAUAGAUGCCAUUAAAAAAUCCAUGUCGUCUCUCCAGAACGACCGGGAUGAUCUUUUUACCAGAUACAAGGAGCUGGAACAUCUUCACCAGGAUGUCUUAAACCAGAGGGACAGUCUCCUGCUUGGCAGUGCAAGUGAGACUAAUUCUUUGAAACAGGAGUUAAGGGUCCUCCUCAAUCAGAUUGAUGAUCUGCAUUCUGAAAAUGCAAUGCUGAGUGCACAGCUGAUAAAAUACAGGGAGGAUCUAAACGAGGUUUUAUCUUUGAAAGACCAUCAGCUGAAGGACUUACUUAAGCAGAAAUUGGAGUGUAUUAAAAGCCUUGAGCAUGAAAAAUAUGAUCUUCAAAAACAAAUAAAAGAGAUGCAGCUUUCCACUGAACUGCAGAAGGGGGCUGCUGUGACUUUGGAACAUGAGAAUAAAAAAUUGGCAUCUAAAGUAAGUGAUUUAGAAUCUCUAAUUGCAUCACUCAACAAAGAGAAACUUGUUUCUGAGUCUGGAGAGAAGCUGCUAAGUAGUGAGAGUAUUCAGAAAAAAGAAUCUAAUGGGCAGCAUGGAGGAAGGCUUCAGAAAAAGGUUCAGGAGCUCCAGAAAUCCAGAGGCAAAAAUGGAGAUGAGGAAUACAGGGGGACUCUUCUGACACUUGAGGAUGGAGAUAAACCUGAUGCUUCUGCAGAGAGGGUGCUGCUUGAUGUUCAGUCUCAAAACAGGGAGUUGAGAUCCCAAAAUGAGGCCUUUGGGAAGGCAAUGACUGCUCUGCAGAACGACAGAGAUCGAAUCAUAGAGGACUUCAAAGUUCUUCAGAGCAAAUACACCUCUGAGCUCAAGACAGAAAGAAAAAAAGGAGAUGAACUUGCAGCUGAAUUGGAGGGAUUUAAAUCCCAUCUCAUUAGUAUCCUCAAAGAAAACUCUCUUCUGCAUGGGGCUGUCCUUGAUGCUGCAGGCCAGGUUAGCCUUGCUCAGGUGGCUGAUGACAUUGGAAGUGUCUGUAGGACUUUGGUCAGUCGGGAGCUGGAGGUGAGCAGGCUCUCAGCCGAGUGUGGGAAUUAUGUCCAGCAGAUGGAAGCAUUUGCCAAGGCCAUGGCCAGUCUCCAGGAUGACCGAGACAAAUUGCUGCAGGAGCUCAGCCAUCAGAAGGUAACUUCUGAAGCUAAGCAGGGCACAGCUUCGUUUCCCAUUGAUUGCAGCGGCAUCAAUGAGAAAAGCACUGUUGAAAAUAGUUUGGAUGUGCCUCAGAACAAUGGGGAAACUUUGGCUAAAGAGGGAGCCAGCCUUGCAGCUGUCGAAAUAUCCAAACUGAAGACCAAGGUUGAUGAUCUGGAGAAGGCUUUGCAUCAGACAAAAGCCUUCCAGGCAGAAACCGAGCGAGAGAUCACAUCAUACCAGAACGAGCUGGCUGGAUUAAGAAUGGAGAAAAACCUCCUCCUCUCCGAGUCGCAGGCGCUGAGGAAUCAGUGUCAGAUCACAGUGGCUGAGAAGGACCGGCAGAUUGCAGAGCUCCAGAGGCUGCAGCAAGACAUGAUCGGGAAGAAGUCACUCCCUGCUGGCAGCACUUACCCAGUCAAGGCUUUGGAAACUGCCUCUCUUGCUGGAAGUGCAGAUGGAGCAGAGGAAAUCAAACGUGUCCUGGCUGAGAAGAACCAGCUGCAGGCUGAGCUGCAGCACUGCCUCCAGGAGAUGCAGCAGAAGGACCUGCACUUCCAGCAGAUGAAUUCCAAGGUUGUGCAGUCAGCAGAAGAGAAUGCUGUCCUGUCUGCCCAGCUGAAGACUCUUUCCCAGACUCUGAGGGACAACCAGCUUCAUUACACUGAUCUGCAAAAUCGCUACGUGAGGCUGGAGAGGGAGUAUCAGGCAAUGCAGGUGGCAUCUUUCCAAGGCUCAGUCCAGGAUGAAACCAGAGCAGAAGUUCCCCCUGGAGCACCACGGGAGAGAUCUGGGAUUAUUGUGGAGACAGACAAUAUGGAACUAAAUGAGCUCAGGAAAAGGCUUGCAGAGUCUGAGCAGCAGUAUGAGUCAGUGCAGCAGAGUCUCUCCCAGCUCACAGAAACACUGGCAGAGGAGAGGAGGAGGAGAGAAGCUGCAGAAGAGGCUCUUGGACUCUCUGAGGAGAGAAGUAACAGAUUUGAAGUAGGCAGUUACAGGUCUGUCCCCAGUGACUACACUGUCCAGAUGGAAGAUGAGGAGGAGAGGGAAGCCUUAAUUAUCAAUCCCAGUGAACACGUUGUUGUGAGAAAGAUGAAAGGAGGAGCCCUGUCCUUGCGCCGCUGGCUCCGGGGGCGAAGCCUUUACUGCUCCAAGCUGCUGACGGCCCGAGCCAAAUCCCGCUAUUUAUUCCUCACCUACCUGGUCACACUACACCUCCUUGUUGUCCUGUGCCUCACUGGUGUGCUCUGAGUGCACUGCCCUCCCUGAGUGGCUCCUUUCCCUGUGGGCAGUGCCAGUCCCAGCCCGAGGCUCCUCACAUGCUGCUGUUCUGCUAUGCACUGGACACAGUCGUACAAAUCCCUGGGACGCUACACCCAGCCUCGAGCCUCUCCAGUGAAACUCCUGCAUAUCACACUUGCUCCAAAGUUGACUUGAAUUGCUCUUUUACAGUGGGAUAUUAUAUUUGUAAGGAGAAAAUAUUCCCCUCUGCCCUAUAAGGAAACUGCUGCAUACAAGUUAUUUAAUAUCGUUUGUGGGUACAUAAUGGUGGAUUACUACUGAAUGGGUUGUAAAUGAUAUCUUUUCUAUACAAAUUUUAUUUUAAGAGUUAAAAUAUAAAUUCUAAAGGAAUACCAAACUAUUACUGUAUAUUGGCUUCUUGAUUAUAACAAGAAGUUUUAUUGAGUGCAAUAAAGGAAGAACUACUGGA